UAAAAACCGAUAGUAGCAAGGCAGUCGUUCUUCAAGUUAGAUGUUCUCUCUAUAUUUGGUAUAAGAUUCGUGCUCAUUUGUAACAUGGAUAUUCCGGGUCCGUCAACAUACAUAAAGAAAGAAAAACAACAAUACUUUGUUAAUAAAGUGCACUUAAAAAAUGCUAUAAAAAUAUGUGAGAAGAUGCUUGCGGAAAAUAAUUACAUUCCAGAGGAAUGCGUGAAAAACCUUUCAUGGGAAAAAGAAACGGUUAUGGGCUACGAAAUAUAUAACCGCAUCGUCGAUAUGUUUAAUAACAUGCAACUCGUUGAGGAAGAAGAAUUAUUAUUUUCACAUGAAGAAAAUAUUGAUGACAAUUUUGUUGAAUGUCCAUCAAUAUGCCUAUCAACAGAAGAACCGUCAUCAUCACGUUCAUCCCCAGUUUCGGAUGAGUGGAUCAAUUCUCCCGAGAAAAAAAAAUUCAAACCAAUAACCUUGGAUUACAAACGAAAAGUUAUAACCAUGGCGAAUGAACAUCCUAAGUGGUCGUUACAAACAUUACAAAAAAAAGGAGCACAUUGUUUAAAAUAUAAAUGGGAUUUAAAAAAAUGGGAAAAAGAUGUAUUAUCUGGUGGGACGCGAUAUGACAAACUGGCUGCCAUCAAUUCUUGGACAAUGGAUCGAUUUGAAGAGGCUAGAGAAAAAUUUGAGCAAGUCACAACAAGAAUGUUACAACAAUGGGCGAUGGCUGCUGCGCAACAAUUCCUAUCCAGCUCAUUUAAAUUUACAGCAGGAAAAACUUGGGCUGAUGACUUUAAACGAAGAAAUAAAAUUCGGACACGACGGAUUACCAAAUACGUUACUGAAAAAGAUGUAGGAAAAAUUGACGAAGUUUUGACUGCUGCAAAUAGAUUUAGAAAACAACUUCAACCAUUUUUGCAAAAUUUUCAUCCAGAUUUAAUAAUUAAUACAGAUCAAACUGAUUGUGAAUAUCAGUCAACAAUGGAUCGAAAGUUAGCACAAAAAGGCAUGUUACCUGUAUUAAUUAAUAGAAACAAAGGCCUUCAUCAAAGUUCUCAUUCAUAUUCGGUUCAAUAUGCACUAACUUAUUCAGGAAAACUUGUACCCAAAGUGUUUCUCUGUUUACAAGAAACUGGAAACAAAUUUGAACCAAUAAUACAAACACAAGUUGAUAUUCUUGUUGCUGAAUUUAGAAAUGUUAUCGUUAAAUGUUCUCUGUCAGGAAAGAUAACUACAAAUAUUUAUAAAGAGUUCUUAAAAGAAGUAUUACAGCCAUAUGUCAAAAAUAAAAACUUUUUAUUAAUAAUAGAUUCUUGGGAUGGUCAAACAAAUAUACAAAUGUAUGAUGAAAUUUUUGUAGAUGUCGAGGAUAUUCCAUCUUGUCAAAUAAAAAUUAUUCCACCAAAGUGUACUGCUUUAUGCCAACCAUGCGACAUAUAUUUUUAUAGACAAGUUAAAAAUUUCAUCAAAAAAUUACAAAAUUGCACAUAUCUUUUUGAAAGCAAUAGAGAAAUAACUACUCGUGAAGAUGCUAUUAAAAUACACUCUUUAGUUCACAAUCAGUUAAGUGCACCAAUCUUUUGUAACAUGUUAAAAUAUGCAUGGUUUGCAUCUCAAAUAACAAAUGAAAGAAGUAUUUUCAAAAACGUUAACGAAGUUUGUUUUCCAGAUUCUAUUAAUGAAACAAAAUGUAAAGAUUGCAUGCAUGAAAUGUCAUUGCUUUUAUGUGCAUGGUGUAAUGAACCAUUAUGUUUUACUUGUUUUUACGAUAAAUACCACCCUAAAAGUUGUAAACUUUUUGUAGAACAAUCAUUGUAAAUUUCUAUUGCAAAUAUAUUUUUUAUUUUUAUUUUUCGUGUUCAUAAGAAAUUUUAAUUUAAUUAAUCAUAAAAAAACAUUUUUAUAUUCCUUAAUUAAAACAAAAAUUUUAUAUUAAAUAAUUAAAAAUUGAGCUGUUCUUCCAAAUGACCUCUCCCUCCUCUUGAUCAAUUUAAAAUUUUACACAAAUUUUAUUCAAUAUGAGGAAUAAAGUAUGUAUGGUUCUAACUUCAAGAAAUAAAAAAAAUAUAUAAAACAA